AUGGAGGAGGUGCAGAAGUGGCUGACCCCCGUGAGCCCCGACGCGGCACACAGUGUCCUGCGGCGCAGCACCCGCAGCCGGCAGAGCACGCGGCGCACAGCGGCCGAGUCGGCGCGGGCCCUGGCCGCCACCGCCAGCGUCGGGGGGCGCAAGCGCCGCAGCGCACUCGCGCCGGCCGAGCCGCGCGUCGCCGACGACGAGCGGGAGGAUGGAGCGGAUGCCCGGUCGCAGAGUGCCGAGGUGGAGCCGGCGGCGGCCGCGGCAGACCCCGAGGAGGAGGGAGAGGGCGAGGGAGGCGCCGCAGGGCCCCCGGGCAAGCGCCGGGCCCUCGAGGGUAGGACCGGUUGGGCCCCGGUGCUGAAGAGCGUGGGGGCGGAAGCAGCGCUGGGAGUGGUGUCCUCCAUGGCAGCCUACGCUGUGGCGGUGAUGUUGCACCAGGCUGCCUGA